AUGGAUCAGUCCUUGAAGGAGCAUAGCACAUCAUCUACAGGGAUGCAAGAUACUUUGACAACUGUCCACUGGAUUCAUCAUGCUCUAGGAACGUUGGUCCCAAAGAGCAUUCGACCACAGCAGAGACCAGAUUCACUUGAGUCCACAGGAUCAGGAUACCAAGAUGAACGACAGGACCAUACCCCGAAUGGAGAACCGUCCAAAGCUAUGGCAGCCUCGUCCGUGGCAACUAGCACUCCCGCCAUUACUAGCAGGUCUUCCACAUCUGUCUUCAAUGGCAGGACCUCCAUCGCAGCAGCCACAGUCCUAGGCAUCAUCACCUUCGCCGCCCUCCUCUUCCUCGCCAUUUGGUACCUCCGACACCACAGACGACGCAGAAAACACAAACUGCUGACCCAAAACCAAGACUUCGGGCAGUCAGAGAUUACCCUCGGCGAAGAUACCAGCAAGACCCUGGAUGAUUUCCUCAUGAAGGACGUCCCGCUUGAACGAACCUCUUUCAUGUUCAGUCGCAGCCGGUCGCCCUCCAUCACCUUUGUGGUUGAUGAAGCCGAGCGACCUAGCCUGAACAAGGCCCGCAACAGCUACGGCGCUUUGAGCAGUAGCCAGACCAAGCUGGAGUCACUGACUCGCAUCUCAACGGAUGGAACACGGCCAAGUCUCCUUUCAUCGGAGUUGACGAUGCCGACCUCACAGAGCGCCUCGGUAAACUCCUCGUCCAAGCCGGCAUCUACCAACUCGGCAACACCCCGAGCAUCACCUCGAGUAUCAGUGUCUUCAUCGCAGCUGUGGACCACAAUUACCAGUUCAACGGACUGCCCCUCCACCAUCACUCAAGAACAGCCAUCCACCGCACCGCCAACAUCCCGAUCAUCGCAGGUCUGGACCACAACCACCGGUUCAACCGAGAACAACAGUUCCAUGACCAGUCCAGAUAAUCGGUCUCGUCUGUCAAACGGCUCGCGAGCUUCAAGUCGGCUGUCGGCGCAGAGUCCGCUGCGAGGUGGUGUUCGGCUGAGCAACGCUGAAAGUACGGGGUUGAGACGUUAUCAGCGUCGCUCGCAGAGCCGGUCAUCGCAGAAUACGGUCGUUCCAGUAUCUCCAACUGCGGAGUCUGGGUCUAGUGGUUCGGGCCAGUUGCCUUCUAUCCAGUCGACUCCGUCGCCUUUGUUCCGUUCUUCGGAGAGUUGA